AUGGCAGACGACGACUCGUAUGGCGCCUACCAAAGGCUUCCUUCAUUCAUCAAAGUGUUCUCCGGAGCUCGCAACAAAGAGGAAAUGCGUCUACCUCCACAAUGGGUUGCGGAACACGGGGAAGAGCUGCCGUUUGAUUGUCGACUUGUAAUGCCAAAUGGCUCCCGAUGGCCAGUCCGUGUGUUGAAUAUCGCGAGUGGAUGCUACUUUUGCGUUGGAUGGUCUGAAUUCCGGCGUGGGAAUAAAAUUUCCCAUGGUGAAACACUAUGCUUCACCCUCGUCGAUGUGGGGAUUUUCCACGUCAAAAGAUACAAGUCGGGGUCCGGAUGCCCACCGCGAAGCGAUCUUAUUUCGUUGUCCGAGGAGGAAGAGGACGAACAGAUAUACACUCCAGACAUAGAUUCGUCGGACGACUAUGCCCCAUCCGACGUUGAAUCGGAGUCAGUGGAAGACAGUGACUACGACGACGGUAAGGGUGCGCUUGAGGCCGAUGAGUAUCCCACAUGGACGUUGAAGCUUACUAAGUCAAAUAUCAAGCGAACCAUUGAAAUUCCGAAAGACUUUUGGCAACUCCACGUCAGUUCCGCUCCUCACCAGGAUGUCGUGCAUUUCCUUGUUGAAGGCCAAACUUGGCGGCUCUUCCUCAAACAUAGUUCGGGCAAGAUCUGGAUCAAGCACGGUUGGCGUCGCUUUAAAGAUGAUAACGCUUUAUUCCCGGGUGUUCGUUGCCAUUUUAAGCUCGUCGAUGCGCAAGAUAUACAGUUCUAUGUGUGGUUUGAUCGACCGUGACCAGGAGCUUGCGUGGUUGAUCGUCUGAUUCGUCUGUUUGUAUUAGUUCA